AUGGAAACUACUAAAGAAAAACCAGUAUUUGAACACCAAGGUUACUUGUAUAUUUUUAAUAAAGAAUCUUCCAACAAGAUAAUACGGUGCUGUCAUAAUUAUCGUCAUGGUCAAUGCCGCGGCCGACUUCAUACGAUGAACGAUCAGGUUAUACAAACACAAGGUGACCACAACCAUCAGUCAAUUCAUUCGGCUCGAGCAUUAAUCGAAGUACGUAUAAAAAUGAAUAACGCAGCUAAACAAACUACUAAUACAACACAUGAUAUUGUAGCUGAUAGUAUAUUCAAAUUAUCUGAUCAUGCUGUCGCAUCAUUACCAAAUUUGCAAAAUCUUAAUAGAACUGUUCAACAGAUUUGUCAAAAGCAUCAAAACUCAUUACCAUUACCAGCAAAUCGCAAUUCACUUGUUAUUGAUCCACUAUUUACAGAAACAAAUCGUAAUCGUACAUUUUUACAAUUCGAUUCUGGACCAAUUGAUCAACGUUUAUUAAUCUUUUCUGCCAAGAAAAAAUUUAAAAUAUUAGAGAAUACAAAUUAUAUCUAUUUAGAUGGGACAUUUAGUGUGAUUCCUGAAUUAUAUUUUCAAUUCUACAGUAUACAUGUCGCAUAUUUAGAUCAUAUCCUGCCAGCAGCUUAUGUUGUUUUGUCUGGCAAAAGACAACGUUUAUACAAAACUAUGUUACAAGAAAUUAUAAAUUUGGUACCGAAUUUCGAUCCACUGAAUGUAAUGGUUGACUUUGAAAAUACUGCACAUCAAAUUCGAUCUUUACCUGCUUUAGCAUUUUUACCAACUAAUGAUGUUAUUCCAACAUUUGAUGAAAUAAAAGCUCAAUUUCCAAUAGAAGACGAAUCUGUAUUAAAGUACUUCGAAGAAAAUUAUAUUGGUGUUAAAACUCCGUCAUCAAGACCAAGAUAA